AGCUUUGCAGCUAAUGAUUUAUAGACACGAUUUAUCGAUCGCGAAGGGGAGUAAAAAAUUCUUCAUAAUUUUGGAGUGCAGGGCCUUCUUCAGUGGGCGUUGAAUAUUAUUAUUUGAAGAAUAUCGAAUUUCGAGGGGCGUUCGAUAAGAUUUGCAAAUGCUUUAGUUCACUGGUCAGUCUCACAUCCUCAGUUUCAUAGUCAACAUCAUGACACUCUUCAAAUUGACUGCUAUUAUAGCCAUCUGUCUGAGCAGAUCAACCUUAGCAGAUGAAUCUGAUACCUUUUGCAAGGUAAUAGAGGACUCGUCUACAGAGUACCGAUUAAAAAGGCAUUUGUUCUGUGAUUACGAUCCCAACAUCAGGCCUGCACCCCACGGCAACAAGACUGAAUUCAAGAUGAUUCUGCGACUGGUAUUUGCAGAUUACCACGAGGAAAAGGCCGAAUUGGAGUUACACACUCGAGUGCAUAUUGUCUGGACUGACUCAUUUUUAAAUUGGAGACCAAGUGAUUUCGAUGGAAUUGAAUCAAUUCACGUGAAGAUGAGUCAAAUAUGGAAGCCAGAGAUUUAUUCCCUGAAUCCGUGAGCAUGAAUAAGCAAAUCAAUCAUUUAUCAUUUUUUCGGAUCAACUCUCAUUU